UCAAUUUUUUUCUCGUCGAAGAUGGAGGCUGUUCGAUGGCCAAAGUUAGUUCUUUUUGGAGAUUCGCACACACAGAAUUCCUUUUGUGACGGAGGUUGGGCGACRUACGURGCUGACAUUUUCAAAAGGCGCUGUGAUGUUCUAAACAGAGGCUUCAGUGGUUACACGGCAGCAGUAAAUAAACUAAUUUUACCAAACUUACUGAAAAAUGACUUGACUCCAAGUGAUGCAAUUGCAGCUGUAGUWAUUCUGCUUGGAUCAAAUGACUCUGUUCURCCUGGAAUAGACAGCCGUCACACUACAUUAGAAAAAUAUGCUAGUGAUUUAACAGAUAUUAUUGAACAGUUUAUUAAAAAUGGCUUGCAACCAAGUCAAAUUGUACUUUUGACUCCUCCCCCWGUGGUAGAGGCUAAGUGGGAUAAAGAGAGAGUUGCAUUAGGAAUAACAGGUGGCAAUAACCUCUCCAAUGAGAGAGUUGGUAUGUUUGCUAAAGAGUGUUCMUCAGUUGGUGUCAAAUUGGGGGUUGAUGUUGUUGAUAUCAACACGGACAUGCAGAAAGAGCAGGACUGGUCAAGAUUUCUUCAAGAUGGCCUUCAUUUCUCAAGAGAAGGAAAUGAGUUUGUCGCAAGGCAACUAAUACCAGUAUUACAAUCAAAACUACCAUCUUUGCCAAUGAUAUUUCCUGAUUGGAAGGACAUUGAUUUUAAAAAUCYCAAAACUAGUCUAGAAAAAUACUUAUAACUCAAAGUGUUAUAAAAUAAUAAAAUAAAUUGAUAAAUAAAUAGU